GGGGAGCUCUGUCUCCCCAUUGCUGACAAUGUCCAGUACUUUGAUCUUGACUUGAACUCUGUGCCAAGAUGUCUACUGACAAGAUCACCUUCCUGACCAACUGGCACGCGACCCCGUACCACGCCCCCCUUUACCUUGCGCAGAGCAAAGGCUUCUUCAAGGAGGAGGGCCUCAAGGUUGCUCUGCUCGAACCCAAUGACCCCUCCGAUGUCACCGAGAUUAUCGGCAGUGGCAAGGUUGACAUGGGUUUCAAGGCCAUGAUCCACACUCUGGCCGCCAAAGCUCGUAACUUCCCGGUCACCUCGAUUGGCUCUCUCCUCGAUGAGCCGUUCACUGGAGUCAUUUACCUCAAGGGUAGCGGGAUCACCGAAGACUUCCGCUCUCUGAAGGGUAAGAGGAUUGGUUAUGUCGGCGAGUUUGGCAAGAUCCAAAUCGAUGAGCUGACCAAGUACUACGGCAUGACGGCGGACGACUACACCGCUGUGCGCUGCGGCAUGAACGUGACCAAAGCGAUCAUCGAGGGCACAAUCGACGCGGGAAUUGGUCUCGAGAACGUGCAGAUGGUCGAGUUGGCCGACUGGCUGGCGAGCCAGAACCGCCCGCGCACCGACGUGCAGAUGCUGCGCAUCGAUCAGCUUGCGGAGCUUGGCUGUUGCUGCUUCUGUUCCAUCCUGUACAUCGCCAACGACGCCUUCCUGGCUGCCAACGGCGAGCGCGUUCGCAAGUUCAUGAAUGCUGUCAAGCGUGCCACCGAGUACGUCCUUGCUGAGCCCGCCCAGGCCUUCGAGGAGUACGUCGCCAUGAAGCCCAUCAUGGGCACCCCGGUCAACCGGCAGAUCUUCGAACGGUCGUUCGCGUACUUCAGCCGUGACCUCAAGAACGUCCAGCGCGACUGGAACAAGGUCACCAACUACGGCAAGCGGUUGGGAAUCUUGGACGCGGACUUCCAGGCGAACUACACCAAUGAAUUCCUGUCCUGGGAUCUGGAUGCCGAUUCCACCGAUCCGCUGGGCGACCAGAAGCGCAUGGCUGAAUUGCAGAAGGAGGUGGCUGACCAGGGUGGUUUCCGCCGGUUGCAAGUGGCCUCUGCUUGAGUUCCUCGUUGCCUAGCUGAAUGGGAGAAAUUGUUUCCUGUGAACAAUCUCACUGAAAUUAUCAGGCUAGCAGUCUCAGCUAGCUAUGCACUCGUUAUGAAAUGAAU